AUGCCUCCCGCGCAGCUUCAUGCGGGAGCGCCCCGGGUGGUCUCUCCGGCGCCUGCGGUCCCUCUUCAGUCGCCACCGACUUCGGAGCUGAUGGACGUCGACCCCUCAGCCGGGCCGCCUUCCCAAGCGGUGGCUAUGCAGCCUGUACUGCAGCCGCUUUCCUUGGGCACCCCCAAGGAGUCUGACACCGCAGCGCCUUGUCUGGCGCCCACUCCGCAGCCGUCGACGAGGCGUCAGGAGACGCUGCCUCUCUUCGUGGGUCCAGACGCCCCGUCGCGUCCAGUACCAGAAGCUGCGCCCGUGGUCACAGGCGUGCACCCUAACCUCGGUUUCCAGUCGGUGUUUCCCGAGGCCCCGCGCAGCCAAUGCUGGGAUUUGGUCCGCGGCGGGUUCCAGCCGCGCCUUCCGACUUCGCUGCCGCCCCCAGGGCAGCAGCAGCAGCAGCCGUCGCCGCUACCACGCCGACAGCCCAUCCCGUUGAUGCCUCCCGCGCAGCUUCAUGCGGGAGCGCCCCGGGUGGUCUCUCCGGCGCCUGCGGUCCCUCUUCAGUCGCCACCGACUUCGGAGCUGAUGGACGUCGACCCCUCAGCCGGGCCGCCUUCCCAAGCGGUGGCUAUGCAGCCUGUACUGCAGCCGCUUUCCUUGGGCACCCCCAAGGAGUCUGACACCGCAGCGCCUUGUCUGGCGCCCACUCCGCAGCCGUCGACGCAGCGUCAGGAGACGCUGCCUCUCUUCGUGGGUCCAGACGCCCCGUCGCGUCCAGUACCAGAAGCUGCGCCCGUGGUCACAGGCGUGCACCCUAACCUCGGUUUCCAGUCGGUGUUUCCCGAGGCCCCGCGCAGCCAAUGCUGGGGUGCGGACCGGGGACUACCACCGACACCAGUCUCCGCCCCGGAGUACUUUCAUGUGGAGGCUGCAGCCGUGUUACUCUCUGGGAUAAAACCCGCCCUGGAGCCUGCAGUAUUUAAUCUCGACGAAAUUUCUGUGUCGCAUCCUCAGUAG